CCUUUCCCAUUCCCCGUAACAGCUGUUAAGCUCGCGAAAUCUCGCCUACUCGGUUCAAUCCCGAUCAACUGCUCACGACUCAAACUUCCUUACCCAGACACAUAUACACAAAUAACCUCUGCCUAUCUCGCGCCGAGUCGUAUUCGUGAAGCGGUUAAAAAAAACAAACGAGCGUUAAACGCAAAGGGGGUAGAGAGAGACGAAGCGAGAGAAGGGAAAAUAAAACGAGAGAGAGAAGAAAGAAAAAAAAAGAAAGCACAAGUGUAAGCCGGUGUGUGCCGCGACUCGAUGCGGAACGGAAGCGUGAACGAUGCACGAACGGGGUGGCCGGGGCCGGGUUAGCAGGCGGAGAGAGGAAGAGGGAGCGAGGGUGAGAAAAAGAGAGAGCGGCAGGUGUCCGAGGUGGUGGUGGGGAAGAUGCGCGGUGUAUUAAACCCGGUGACUCUUGCCGCGCAGCGUGGGAGUUAGUUCUGGUGAGGGCGCCAGCCAGCUCACUCGCUAAAACUAACCCACCGUCCCAACCCUUCAAUCCUCCAUCCCUCGACCUUCGGCCAACAAAGCAACAUCCACGGCCGCAACCUCCUUUUCACCGACUCCGUAGCCGCUGUUUUUUCGCGACUUCCUCUGCCCGGCCCGCGUGAUCACCGAUUCGAUCGAGCGUAUUAUCGCAUAACCGAGUGUAACCGGCGGCCACUCCGAUUCGAACGAGGGACGAAACUCGGUAACGAACGAGAACACCAACUUUUUUCUUCGCCACCUUCGCGUCUACCCAGAAACACUACUCUGCAUAUAUACGUGGAUACACGUACGUAUAUCUACCGCACUCAGUUCGCCGAGUCGAGAACGCAACCUCGUCGGGGAGAGAGUUGUACGCAGUUGAACCUCGAGGGAAGUGUUGGUUUUUUUCUUUUUUUCCCUCUCUCUCUGAAAACCGUUUCGCCGUUUCCUGGGCUCGAAUCGUUACGCAUCGAGCACUUUAAGCGUUGCACUGGUUACUGCGAUUUAUUUGUCGCGUCGAGAUCACGGCGGAUUAUCGAUAUCACGGAGAGGAUUAGAGGAGAAAGGAGAGAGAGAGAGGUGGAAAACAGAGGUUGACAACGCCGGUGGAUCGUACCUUUCGAUCGACUUUCGUGCACUGCUGCUUCUUUCUUUCUUUCUUUUUUUAUUUAUUUAUUUAUUUAUUUAUUUAUUUCUUUCUUUUUCCUUUUUCAACGGAUCUACGUCAUCGUGGACGGUGGAGGACGACGAGUUAUCCAACGAACGCGAGAGCAACAUGCUAGCCGACUGGUGUUCGCACCAUUUUGUGUUCGCGUGAUCCGGGAAGAGACGUGAUCCGGUCCGUCGGUGAUGAAUAAACUUGAUGACACGGUGCUUGUGAGAAGAACAAAUAGCUACUAGAUAGACUGUAGAAUAUUACAGAGAGUUUCGAAGGGAGAAGAAGAAGAAAAAGAACUGAAGUUAAACACAUUCGAUCGACGAGAUCGACGAUUUCGUUCGAAACAGUUUGUUUGUUUCAAAAGACCUCGCCAUACAACGGAGGAUUUUCGUCGAUUCAACCGAGGAAGAGGAAACAGUGUUGUUAUGUGCGACGGAGAACGUAGGAUUUGAGGAAAAGAGAGGAGGAGAGGUUCUAUCCAGAGUUGGAUAGAUAUCGCAUGAGAAAAGAUCCCAAUUUUGGGAAAGAGAAGGAGGAGGAGGAGGAGGAGGGAGAAGGUUUCGCAGCACGCAGAGUCACAGAAGCAAGUAUCUCGCACAGAAAUACACACCCAUUGACACACACAUCUUGCCCAUACACACGUUGUUUAUUAUUCACACUUGGCAAUGUUUCGCAAUUGCACCUUUCUCCCAAUUAAUUAAUUUUCUUUCCCUUGUUUUUAUAUUUGUAUUUAUACUGUAUUCUCUGUUUACACGCGCCGCCUGUGUUGUGUCUCACACUCUAUCUCUCUGAUGGUAUGAUCGAUGUGCGUACUAUGAUGUAUUCUUCUUCUUCUCCUUCACCGUUCCCGACGUCACCACGACCAACCGGUGUCCUCCGUCGUCUUAAUUAACCCCUCCCCUCUCCCUCUCCCUCCCUCCCCUCCCCUCUCCCUCCCUCCACCCCCUCCUUCCCCCCUUCUAGUACACGGGAGCACGGUUUUGCACAUUUUUCGGGCACCUGUUGAUCUCUCUCGUACUACAUAGCCACUUUUCCGCACUCUCUCAAAACUCGUUCGGGGAGUUCGAUGUCACAGCUGCACGCCGAAAUCUCACAGCACGCUAGAAAUCUCGUAUAUAUAUAUAUAUCACGUUAUAAAUCUCGUUACACUGGGACACGAGCAAGCAUCCGGCACACGGUUGGACGGGUUACACCUAGAGGCUAGAGAGAGAAUCGAGACUGGCUUCGUUCCCAUUCAUCAUCGUCGUGAUCAUCGUUAUCAUCGUCAUUAUCAUCAUCAUCAUCGUCAUCGACGACGACAGUAAGUGAUACAACCUCCUUAAAAAUCAAAAAACCAAAGUAGAGGGCCAAUUCAGUGACUGCUGUGACGAGGGGGAACGGAAUUCCUCGCGUGGAGACUUGGACUUCUAUCUUUGGAGACACGUAGAAAAAUAUAUUUUUGUGAGAAAAGUAGUUAUAUCGUAAAUAUAUAUACAUCUAUGUGUAUAUGUAAUGUAUAUAUAUAGAGAGAGGGAGAGAGAGCGCAAAUUGUUUGUGGAAGCGUUCGUCGCGCAAUGGGAAGAGAAAGCAGCAUGGGUAAGGGAGCGAGAAAGCUCAGGAGAAAGAUAGUUCGAUCAGGAGCACGUAACCCGUGGCCGAUCGAUUGGGUUUCAUUGUCGAGCACCUUAAUAAGCAUCCACGAACCAGCACCAAGCACCACUUGAUCACGGCACCGCACAUAAUAAUUCUUCAGACACGCACCCUUUCGCAGACCGUAACCGUUUUCUAAGAUCUAUCCCUUUUUCAUUAACGGCCCUGAUUUCAGGAAAGGGGAGUCGAGAACCUUUGAUGUGUCGUUGGGAGGAAUAUUGGGAGGAAACGCGAGUCUGAAACGGAUGUGCAGACGGAUGUGCAAAGUACCGUGUGCUACGAAACGAGUCGAAAAUUGACUCGAGAGGGGGAAAAUUGUUGAUACUUGGCGGUGUACUCCCCCCCCUAUUGUUUGCUUUAUCACUGUCGUCAUCCGCGAGGGAAAACUCUUCCUCUCGAAGACGUGGCGCUCGAUGAAAGAACACGGGCCGCCAAGUGGAAAGGCAAGAGAAGACAGAACGGAAAUAAUCGAACGCGUCGUUUGAGAAAACGUCGUUUUCCCAUGUAACACGGAAGCCUACCACCGGUUAUCGAUUGAUCGCCGGUCAUCGCUCAUUGUCCGCGUUUAUUCUUCCCUCUAGUCGCGCCCUACAGAGUCGCUUCCUCCCCCGCCCAGUUAACGAAAAUUCGGCCUAAAACUCAGCCAGUCCCCCCGGUGCCUUUCGACUGGCAAGCAACCGAAGUACGAGCGUAGAAUCGGGACGCUCGAUAUAUAUAUCUAAAUAGAAAGAGAGAGAAAGAAAGAGAGAGGAAAUAAAGAGACAAGGAGAAGAAUAUAGAUAGAGAAGAUAAAAGUCUCGAAGAAGAAAGGAAGGAAGGAAGGAAAGAACGGUCGAAGCGAAGGAAAAGUAUUACUUCGAAAGCCAGGCCGGUUAAAACCGGUGGAAAGGCAUACAUAUAUGAUGGCGGUGUGCAUGUUUUGGCUUCUCACGUACGUGGGACAAGGGCUGGACCUGGCCGUGGGCAAUCGUCCGGUGAUCAUAAUGCAGGGUGCGCAGGAGCAGCAGGACUACCGGCAGCACGGCAGCGGCAUCAGAAAGAAGAGCGAGUUGAAUUCGGUAGGCAAUAACCUGUUGCACUUCAGAAUAUAUCCUCCCGAGGCCUCUCACAGGGACGACCUGUCCAAUUGGCUCCUGUUGAACGACGAGCCGCGGAUCUCCUCGUGGACACCGGCCGGCAUAUUGAUCGACGAUAUGAUCAGGGAGCCUAGGGAGCUCCAGACCGUAUUUUUCGCCCUGUCCCCAGCUAUGCUGAACACGCUGUACACGGAGUACGUGAACACCGCCUCCUCGCAACCGGCCGACCACUUUCUCCACGAGGAUCAGCAACAAGCCGUUGGCCAAGGUCCGUUGGUUGGCCAACGCGGCAAGAAGCUUCGUAUCGAAUGUAGACACUCGAGGAACACGGUCAGCCUGCCUAUAAGGGUGUGCGACGACGAGAAGACGACGGGGCGGAACGGAAGGCUCCAGGAAGCCAGACAAUCGAACUACGACGAUCUCUUCGAGCAGAAAUUGAACACUGCUGCUAAUAUGAAGACUGACCCGACGUCACGGGGAUCCGAGAAGCUUCAACGGGAUUAUCAGAAUAACGGCGCAACGUUUGUCCCGAGGCCACCGUUGUUCGGCCUGGACGCGGGCAAACCUCCCGGAAAGAGGAGCCAAACUCCUGUUGGACGCCGCUCGAUCGACCUCUCAGGAGAGUCGGCCCCGCAUCAAGCUCAACCGCCGUCCUCCCUCGGGAACGGUAUCAGCGUCGCUUCUCAACUUAUGCUCAGAUCCACCAGGGGAAGCAUACAGUACGACGUACCGCAAAUCGAAUGUCCUAUCUCAGAGGACGGGAUGGAAAGGUUUGCGUGUCCCUCAGCGGACAGAAUGGGUAGAUACCAUUGCAUCGACGAUCACGCCUUGUGCGACGGUUUCAUAGACUGCCCUACAGGCGAAGACGAGGACAGGCAAGCCUGCAUGUUUUACAAAACUACGAAAGCUCACCUUGACGUAUUGGCAGAUGCCAUUUUGCGAUGGGCAAGAGGACGCUAAUUCCUUUGUUGACGAUGAACCUCUGACCUGCAUAAAAUCAUAAGUCUGACGAGUUUACUUCUUUAUACAUUCACCUAUACAUACAUAUAUAUAUAUAAAUAUAAAUAUAAUAUGUAUAUGAUAUAUAUUCCCAUAUGUAUGUAUACGUGUACACACAGGUCUCUCGUGUACUCGUACACAUAUACACAGGGCUUUCGUUUCGUUUGCUGGCGAACGUUUCUCUUGCGAGCAGCGCGAGAGGGGGAUGAAGAGAGAUGAGAUCGUUAUUUUUUUUCCCUUCGAGAGAGGAAAAAAAAAAUGCAACCUAAGAAAGGAAACAUUUUAACAUUUGUUUGAAAAAAAAAGAUGAAGAAGAAAGAAAUGAUAAUCGAAAGUUGGAUAUCGGGAUAUGGAUUGGGAAUGGGAUGAGGAUCGUUUGAAUAUCGGUAUUCGGAAAAUUGUAAAUUUUAUGCAGUGUCUCUUGUUCAAUACAUACAUACAUACAUAUAUAUUUUUGCUAAAUAUUUGUCGUUCACCAGCUUUCGUUGGCUAUCGAAGUUCAACUAUCAAAAUUCGUUGAAAAUUUUCGAAAAUGUGACGUUUCUUAAGAUCUUUGCCUAAUCAUCGAACUAUCUACUCUGAAAAUUUGAAAUUUUUAGAUGUCACGGUUAAAUGUUUUUUCUAAAAAAAAAAAAAA